UGUAUGUGUAUGUGUGUGUGUGUGAGCUUAGAGCAAAGGGGUACGUUGGCGAUGGUAAUACAUAUUCGUGUGCAUUUGGAAAAACAUGGAACGAGUCGAUUAGCGUAAUAUCACGCACGCUGUAACGCACAUAUAACCGAAUAAUAUACUCUUCCAAAAAAAGUAACGAUGAUAUUUGGCCAAAAUCUCAACAAAUAAAGCGAAAAAAAGCAUUAGAUCCUUGUACAUGGAAAAAUGCUGAUUAAAUAAUAUUCAAGAAAAUUGAUUAUUUUAACCAAAGUAAAAAGUAUUCGACAAAUACUAUGGGGGCAUUUUUGGAUACUCCUAAAACAGAUAAAUAUAAUGAACAUGGGGCUGGUAAUGGAUUACGAUACGGCGUCUCCAGUAUGCAGGGUUGGCGAUUGGAAAUGGAAGAUGCUCAUAGAGCAAUAACCGGCUUGGAAGGUGGCCUUUCUGAUUGGAGUUAUUUUGCUGUGUUUGACGGGCAUGCAGGGGCAUUGGUAUCAGAGCACAGUGCAGAGCAUUUGUUAGAGUGCAUUAUGAAGACUGAAGAAUUCAAAGCAGAGGAUGUCAUUAAGGCAAUACAUUCUGGUUUUCUUCAGCUUGAUGUUGAAAUGAGAGACUUACCAGAGAUGAGCGAUGGAAAAGAUAAAUCUGGUUCGACAGCUGUCUGUGCAUUUAUAUCUCCCAGAAAUAUAUAUAUUGCUAAUUGUGGAGACUCCAGAGCAGUACUUUGCAGUGCUGGAUGCCCGGUAUUCUCUACUAGAGAUCAUAAACCGUUUUUAGCUGCAGAGAAAGAAAGAAUACAGAAUGCAGGUGGCAGUGUCAUGAUACAAAGAGUAAAUGGUGCAUUGGCAGUAUCAAGAGCAUUGGGAGACUACGAAUAUAAAAAUUUAAAAGAUAGGGGCCCCUGCGAACAGUUAGUGUCACCAGAACCAGAAAUAUUCGUAAGAGACAGAGAUGAUGAACACGAUGAAUUUCUAGUUUUAGCAUGUGAUGGUAUUUGGGAUGUUAUGAAUAAUGAAGACUUAUGUGGUUUUAUACGAUCAAGGCUAUUGCUUACGGAUGAUUUAGAAGCAGUGACAAAUCAAGUCAUAGACACAUGUCUUUACAAGGGUAGCAGAGACAAUAUGAGUAUUGUCUUGGUAACGUUCCCCGCGGCGCCAAAACCAAAUUCCGAAGCACAGGAAAAGGAAGCUGAACUGGAAAUAGCCAUUGAAAGGAGUAUUAAAGAAAUAGUAGCGGAACAAGAAGAAGAGGAGAAGUUCGAUUUCAUCAAACUAAUACAACUUCUUGUGGACCAACAGUUCCCCAAUCUACCUCCCGGAGGAGGACUUCAAUCUAAGCAACCUUUGAUUGAACAAGUGUUUCGAGAAGCAUGUCCUAAAAAAGCGAAUACUGUAAGUCUUAUAUACGAAAACCUUUGACAUGACUAACUUGUGAACAUUUUUUUAUACUGCAUCAAAUGUACAAUUAUAAUUAAUAGACUUAUCCCGUUUUCAUUCAUAUGAUGAUGCAGAUUUUAAACCAGAAAAACAUUUGUUUUACUGAUACUGAUAACUCGUGGGUAUGCAUUUUUUUCCUCUUUCUCUUAUUUUUUUUCUCUUUUAUAAUUUUUUUUCUUUUUGUAUUAGAAGAGCAAGAAAUAAUUGAUAUAUAAUAAACACAAAUUGAAACUGAACGAAAAAUAAUCUGCUUGUAAUUAGAGCGUAGAUUAAAAAUAUUUUUUAUAUGGUACUGCGAAUAAUCAUAAACUUAGCUAAUCUUUUUCUACUUUCUCUCUUUAAAACAUUGUUGAUCAGUUACGAAUUUACUCGUGUUUUCAUGGCCAAACAUUGCUGACAAGCCAUGAGUAAACGCGUGAUGCGCUUUUUCUUCGCAUCACGCUAUUUAAAAGGAAACGCAACAAAACUAAAUAUAUUUGUAAAAGCUUUUGUGUAGCAUUAUGCGUAGGUGAUUGUUACACUGUUUAUCAUACGAAAAAAUAUUAAAAGUUA